AGAUUAACAAAGUGUGCGCGCUGGACGGAAGCCGUCAUAGGUCAACUUCCAUCGGCGUGCUCAUUUGAACAAGAGGAACCGCUACGAAGCACGGGUGGAGAGCGGCCCAGCACGACAGUUCAACUCUCAAGUCGAUAUUGAUGGAGUGGCAGCCAGAUGAGCAGGGACUUCAGCAGGUCCUCCAACUGCUCAAAGACUCCCAGUCGCCCAACACAGUCACGCAGAGAGCAGUCCAACAAAAACUUGAACAACUCAACCAAUUCCCCGACUUCAACAACUAUCUCAUCUUUGUUCUCACAAGACUCAAAACUGAAGACGAGCCCACUCGCUCUCUGAGCGGUCUGAUACUGAAGAACAAUGUGAAGGCCCACUACUUGAACUUCCCCCCGACCGUCGCCGACUUCAUCAAGCAGGAAUGUCUCAACAACAUCGGCGACCCGUCGCCGCUCAUUCGUGCCACCAUUGGCAUCCUGAUCACUACCAUUUCCUCCAAAGGAGAGCUACAAACAUGGCCUGAGCUGCUUCCCCAGCUCUGCAACUUGCUCAACUCUGAGGACUACAACACCUGCGAGGGCUCAUUUGGAGCACUGCAGAAGAUCUGUGAGGAUUCGUCGGAGCUUCUGGACAGCGAUGCUCUGAACAGACCCCUCAACAUAAUGAUUCCUAAGUUCCUCCAGUUCUUCAAGCACUGCAGCCCUAAGAUUAGGUCCCACGCCAUCGCCUGUGUGAACCAGUUCAUCAUUGGCAGAGCCCAGGCCCUGAUGGACAACAUCGACACCUUCAUAGAGAGCUUGUUUGCGCUGGCAGCAGAUGAGGACUCUGAGGUUCGAAAGAACGUGUGCCGAGCCCUGGUCAUGUUACUGGAGGUCCGCAUAGACCGCCUCAUCCCCCACAUGCACAGCAUCAUCCAGUACAUGCUGCAGAGGACGCAGGACCCCGAUGAGAACGUGGCGCUGGAGGCCUGCGAGUUUUGGCUGACUUUAGCAGAGCAACCCGUCUGUAAGGAGAUGCUGUCUGGACACCUGGUGCAACUAACGCCUAUAUUGGUAAAUGGGAUGAAGUAUUCGGAAAUAGACAUCAUACUAUUAAAGGGCGACGUAGAGGAAGACGAGGCCGUACCAGAUAGCGAUCAGGACAUCAAGCCUCGCUUCCACAAGUCCCGGACAGUCACCCUGCAGCAUGAAGGGGCGGAGCAUGAGGACGGCGAGGAUGACGAUGAUGAUGACGACGACGAUGACGACGACACGCUGUCGGACUGGAACUUGCGAAAGUGUUCGGCUGCAGCCUUGGACGUUCUCGCCAACGUGUUCCGCGACGACCUGCUGCCCCACCUCCUGCCGCUCUUGAAAGGCCUGCUCUUCCACCCCGACUGGGUCAUAAAGGAGUCUGGCAUCCUGGUGCUGGGGGCCAUAGCCGAGGGCUGCAUGCAGGGCAUGGUGCCCUACCUGCCAGAGCUCAUUCCCCACCUCAUCCAGUGCCUCUGCGACAAAAAGGCCUUGGUGCGCUCAAUCGCCUGCUGGACCCUGAGUCGCUACGCACAUUGGGUGGUGUCCCAGCCCCCCGACUCCUACCUCAAGCCCCUAAUGACGGAGCUCCUCAAACGCAUCCUGGACGGCAACAAGCGGGUGCAAGAGGCCGCCUGCAGUGCGUUUGCCACCCUGGAGGAGGAGGCGUGCACGGAGCUGGUCCCCUACCUGAGCUUCAUCCUGGACACAUUGGUGUUUGCCUUCGGGAAGUACCAGCACAAGAAUCUCCUCAUCCUCUACGAUGCCAUAGGAACUCUGGCAGACUCAGUGGGCCACCACCUCAACCAGCCCGAAUACAUUCAGAAGUUGAUGCCCCCCCUUAUUGCCAAGUGGAACGAGCUAAAAGACGAAGACAAGGAUCUCUUCCCACUGCUGGAGUGUCUGUCGUCGGUAGCGACCGCCCUGCAGAGUGGCUUUCUCCCUUAUUGUGAGCCAGUCUAUCAGCGCUGUGUCACACUCGUCCAGAAGACACUAGCUCAGGCUAUGAUGUACAACCAGCAUCCGGACCAGUAUGAGGCCCCUGACAAGGACUUCAUGAUUGUUGCCCUGGACCUGCUGAGCGGCCUGGCAGAGGGUUUGGGGGCUCAUGUGGAACAGCUAGUGGCCCGCUCUAACAUCAUGACCCUGCUUUUCCAAUGCAUGCAGGACACUAUGCCGGAGGUUCGACAAAGCUCCUUCGCACUGCUGGGCGAUCUGACAAAGGCCUGCUUCCUCCAUGUGAAACCCUGCACUGCUGAGUUCAUGCCCAUCCUCGGGCUUAACCUGAACCCGGAGUUUAUCUCUGUGUGCAACAACGCCACCUGGGCCAUUGGAGAGAUCUCCAUGCAAAUGGGUGCAGAGAUGCAGCCGUACGUGGGCAUGGUUCUGCCCCACCUGGUAGAAAUCAUCAAUCGACCGAACACACCCAAGACGCUGCUGGAGAACACAGCCAUCACGAUUGGCAGACUGGGUUAUGUCUGCCCACAAGAAGUAGCCCCGCAGCUGCAGCAAUUCAUUAGACCAUGGUGCACAUCGCUGAGGAAUAUCCGAGAUAACGAGGAGAAGGACUCUGCCUUCAGGGGAAUCUGCGUGAUGAUCGGCGUGAACCCUGCAGGAGUGGUGCAGGACUUCAUCUUCUUCUGUGACGCUGUUGCCUCUUGGGUCAACCCCAAAGACGACCUGAGAGACAUGUUUUACAAGAUCUUACAUGGCUUCAAGGACCAGGUUGGAGAGGAGAACUGGCAGCAGUUCUCUGAGCAGUUCCCCCCUCUGCUAAAGGAGCGCCUGUCGGCCUGCUACGGCGUCUAACCCAACCUGCUCGCCCGCGCAGGACACCAACCUGUUAGGUUAAUGUAGGGGGGGGUUACUGGGGAACUCAUUGCACCUCCCAGAUUGUGGGGAGAAACCGGAGCUGGAGCGAUGUGACUGGCCUUGAGACCCUUCACUUAGCGGACGGCCUCCUUUCCCCCUGUGUUUCUCUCUGAGGGAGGGGGUAGGAAGUGGGGGGUGCGGGUGGGAGGGUAAACUAGGGACAUACAUAUACCUCUCGGACUAAAUCCAACUCACUCUAAAGUGACUUUCACCAGUGCAGCAAUCCUAGGUAGGCGAGGACUUUGACCGGCCCCCCUCCUCAAUUUUUGAUUAUUCCUCUAAGAUAGUGGAUAGGGCGGGGUGGGGGGGGGGGGGGGCAGACAAACAGGAAUUAUCUGAACCAGCAUAUAGGGUGCAACAACGCACGCAGUCGUAGACUCGCACAUGUAGACAUGUUCAAACGGGCCGGCGCUGAGCGAGAAACUCUGCGUUUUUACUCCGUAGCGAAGCGGGAAAACCCGCUCAGGUGGUCCGCACCUUCUUUUACGGCGAAAUGAUGUGAAAACCAUUCGGUGCGCGUACACAUGGGUCUUUUCUCUUUUCACAUGUACAUUUAGCUAAAGUGAUUUUCGUCCUCUCGAUCAUAGGUGUUUUUUAUUCCCCACCACACGCCCCCUUUCGAUUUGAGGCGCUGGGGGGAAUUUUACCAUCGCAGUAACACGUUGCAUUGCAACACGUUGCAGUAACACGCAUGGCAUUUGAUCACCUCUUUAGUGACGCAUGUUUAAGUGAAUGUCCGUCUGGUUGCUUGCAUAAUUGUCGUCGGCACGGGGAGGCUGCCAUCAGGUGCUUGGUUCGUUUGUCCGUAGGCGAUCUAUGUCCCUUUUGGUUUAAAGGAGGCUGUGUGUGUGUUUGUGGGAAGAUCAACUACAGGUAGAUUAAUACAGGAAGGAGCUUAACUCUCUGCAACAAGAGUUCAAAUGCUGUAGGCAGGUGGAGAAUCCUUUUUGCUGCUGCUGCUUUGUUUUAUAAGACUUUACGAAACAAACUUAAUGAGAGCGAUAAGACAUCACCAAGAAUGACUUGAUUCUUACUGAUAUAAAUGCACUUUUUUCUUUUGUAAGAAACUUAGAAUUUCAAAUGUAAGACUAACAUUAAUAAUAUACUGAUCUUGAGACAUAGGUUUUUUUGAUAAGUGAUUUUAGGACUGUUAAAUGGUUAGCUGAAGUAAGCAUAAUGCUAAACGAUAAGCAAUGGGGAAAAUGACUAGGUAAGACUUGAGGCCUCUUAACAUAGUUAAUUUUAUAAUGUGCUCCUUAAAAUGGAUUGAAUAGGCUUCGAGAGGAGCUCGACAUCUUAAUUGCAGUAUUUCGGAUCUGUAGAGUGCGCCUUUCCAUAUCCGUGUUCCAGUGUCGCCGGAGCGUUUGGUUCAGCAAUGGCUGCUCCCGGUCAUUACGCGCUUUUCCACGAGGCUCGCUAAUCUUUAUUUUCAUUUUAGUAAUUUUAUAACGGUCAAUUCUGAGGAAUCCGCGUUUCUAAGAGCUUUAUCAAUGGCAUUGCAACGCGCUGCCGGACUAAUAAGGUACUUCUCCAGUUUUUGAUCAAACUAGUGAUUGCCAAUGCCAUACAUCCACCCGUCGACACUGUGUAGGAUCUGCCUGGGAACGCGCUGCGUCCGUAUGGAUCUCCCCUGACACUGGUUAGCUUCUGUGAGAGCGGUGGUUAUCUUUUAGUCAUCGUUGGUGGACGCUUGUGAUGGAAGUGCGUGCGUGUGGCUGUCGGCCAGUUGCUGUUUUACUAUAAAGAUGUGUACACGAGUGCUGCUUAGAUGUAAUUUUGCGCCGACGGCGCUGCGUCCUGCGCGUCGUUUGAGUCUCGCCUCGAGUAUCAACACCCGUCUGAGAGUUCACUUUUAAUCGCCUUUUUUUUUUUUUUUCAAAAAUCUCCUGAAGCGAAGGAAAAGUCCAGAGUGGUUUCCCUCCUGAAUAUCAGCUCACAUUUGUAGUGAGGUACUUUAUAAAAAAGGAGGACCGUGUCAGUCGGCACGCGCAGCGGGUAGCGAUGGCGUCUCACCCGGGUUUAUCGGGUAGGCGCACGUUGAGGUGUGAGCAGCAACAGGUGAAGCUUUUUUUCCACAUGAAUUGUCCAGAAGGAUCCUGUGCCACAAAUGUUUGGUCAAAAGUGUGAUACACUCGGCUCUACAGAAAUAAAUUGAAAUGCUAGUUGGCCACUUUUUUUUAUUAUUUUUUUAUUUUUUUUUAUGCUCGUAUGACAGUUUUGGUUUUAUUAAUUUAUUUCUUUUUGUUUUUUUUUUGUGCUCCAUUGCACAAAUUCUUUUGGACUUUACAAGUUUUUUUUAUUCUUUUUGUUUAAAGAAUUUUUGUUUUCGUUGUUUUAUAGCGGACAAUUUGAUUAUGUCGAUGUGGUUGGACUGAAGGAGUCGGUGCAUAUAGCUUAGGGAAGAAUGUGGAAGAAACAUUCAGAACUGUUUCAAUCUGAUAUCAAGGCUGGCAAUUGAAUUUGAUGUAACUUCCUUUUUUUUGCUCAACUGUGGUGCAGGUUGGAUGUUAUCUGAUGUAUCCAAUUUUAAUUUAAUUUUUUGUGAAUAGGGGAAAUAAACUUUUUUUUUUUUUCUAUUAA